ACUGCUGCACGACACAAGCUCUGUUAGAGACCAGGAGGAGACCGAGGAUCGGGUCUGACAGGGUCCGGAGCUGCGGGUUCGAGUCUGAGAGGAGUUUAUAACCUGCUGUUUGAGUCUGUGAGGAGCUGACUGAGGAGUCUGAAGUUUGAAUCUGCUGCUGCGGACUGGUCGGGAGGUUUUUCCAGUUUGCUGUCAUGAACCCGGCUGUCUCUCUCUAAGACAUUUUAUCUCUCUGAGCCUGUCUCACACCGAGGGACAGACAGAUCUGAUCUGAUCUGAGGUUGCAGGAGACACUAACUUUCCUGUACUGUCUCUGAAGAGUCCUCCCGCUCACACGGAGACAUUGAGACAGAGGUAAAGAUUGUCUGUCCCGGUCCACCUGAGUAUCUGCACCUUCGUCUCAGUCUGUUGGCGGGUCCCGGAUCAGCUGCAGGAUGUCGGACUCUGCCUCCAGUUUCCUCCACAUCGGGGACAUCGUGUCUCUGUACGCCGAGGGAUCCGUCAACGGCUUCAUCAGCACUCUGGGGUUGGUAGAUGACCGCUGUGUGGUCGAACCGGCUGCUGGAGAUCUGGAGAAUCCUCCCAAGAAGUUCAGAGACUGUCUCUUUAAGGUGUGUCCCAUGAGUCGGUACUCGGCUCAGAAACAGUUCUGGAAAGCGAAACAGGCGAAACAUGAGAAGGACAAAAUCGCUGACGUCGUCCUGCUGCAGAAACUUCAGCAUGCAUCCAACCUGGAGCAGAAACAGAACGAGACAGAAAACAAGAAGGUCCACGGAGAUGUUGUCAAAUAUGGAACUGUCAUACAGCUGCUCCACAUGAAGAGUAAUAAAUACCUGACGGUGAACAAACGUCUGCCAGCUCUGCUGGAGAAGAACGCCAUGAGGGUCACUCUGGACGGGACGGGGAACGAAGGCUCCUGGCUCUUCAUCCAGCCCUUCUGGAAGCUCCGCGCCAACGGGGACAACGUGGUUGUGGGAGAUAAAGUGAUUCUGAACCCAGUGAACGCCGGUCAGCCGCUCCACGCCUCCAACUACGAACUGAGCGACCACCCAGGCUGCAAGGAGGUGAACUCUGUGAACUGUAACACCAGCUGGAAGAUCAACCUGUUCAUGAUGUUCAGUGACCACAGAGAGGAAGUCCUCAAAGGAGGCGACGUGGUGCGUUUGUUCCACGCAGAGCAGGAGAAGUUUCUGACCUGCGACGAGUACAAAAGCAAACUGCACGUUUUCCUCCGAACCACCCUGAGACAGUCUGCAACGUCGGCGACCAGCUCCAAUGCCCUGUGGGAGGUCGAGGUUGUCCAUCAUGAUCCGUGUCGUGGGGGAGCGGGACACUGGAACAGCCUCUACCGCUUCAAACACCUCGCCACCGGCAACUACCUGGCUGCUGAGGAGAACCCGGGGUAUAAAGGAGACAAUGCCGAGCCAACGCCCUCGAUGGAUGGUAGUCGUGGCAACAAGCGCUCCCACGGCGAGAGGAUCAAGUACAAGUUGGUAGCAGUAGCUCAUGGGAACGACAUUGCCUCACUGUUCGAGCUCGACCCGACCACGCUGCAGAAGACCGACUCCUUCGUACCACGAAACUCGUACGUGCGACUGAGACACCUGUGCACCAACACCUGGAUCCAGAGCACCAACGUCCCCAUAGACAUAGACGAGGAGAGACCCAUCAGACUCAUGUUGGGGACGUGUCCCACCAAAGAGGACAAGGAGGCGUUCGCCAUCGUCUCCGUCCCUGUGAUGGAGAUCAGAGAUCUGGACUUUGCCAAUGAUGCCAGCGCCAUGCUGAGCACCAUGGUGGACCAGUUCAGUCAGGGCUUCAUCAGCCAGAACGACCGGCGAUUCGCCAUCAAGCUGCUGGAGGACGUGGUUUUCUUCGUGGCUGACGUCAUCAACAGCGGUCAGCCGGUCCUAGACGUGGUCAUGACCAAAGCCAACCGAGAGAGACAGAAACUGAUGAGGGAGCAGAACAUCCUCAAACAGAUCUUCGGCAUCCUGAAGGCGCCCUUUAAGGACCGUGGGGGAGGUGAUGGUCCUCUGCUGCGUCUGGAGGAGCUGGCCGACCAGAAGAACGCUCCGUACCAGUACAUGUUCAGGCUCUGCUACAGAGUCCUCCGACACUCCCAGGAGGACUACCGUAAGAACCAGGAGCACAUAGCGAAGCAGUUCGGGGUGAUGCAGAGUCAGAUCGGUUACGACAUCCUGGCGGAAGACACCAUCACCGCUCUGCUGCACAACAAUCGCAAACUGCUGGAGAAACACAUCACCAAGACCGAGGUGGAGACCUUCGUCAGCCUGGUCCGCAAGAACCGGGAGCCCAGGUUCCUGGACUACCUGUCCGACCUGUGUGUGUCCAACAAUGUGGCGAUCCCCGUCACUCAGGAGCUGAUCUGUAAAUGUGUGCUGGAACCCAAAAACCAGGACAUCCUCAUCAAGACUGAACGCCGUGUCCCCAGAGAGUCGCCCCCUGGUGGUGGUCAAGGAGAAUAUAUGGGGAUGGACGACUAUGGAGACGAAGACGAGGUGUGGCUGGUAUGGACAGAUAAGACCAAUGAGAGACAGGAGAAGAGCAUCAGACAGCUGGCUCAGGAGGCGAGACAAGGAAACGCUCACGAUGAGAACGUCCUCACCUACUACAGGUACCAGCUGAAGCUGUUUGCCCGGAUGUGUCUGGACCGUCAGUAUCUGGCCAUAGACGAGAUCUCCAAGCAGCUGGACGUGGAGCUGAUCUUCCUGUGUAUGAUGGACGAAACGCUGCCCUUUGACCUGCGGGCGUCCUUCUGCCGCCUCAUGCUCCACGCACACGUAGACCGAGACCCUCAGGAGCUGGUCACACCUGUGAAGUUCGCCCGCCUCUGGACCGAGAUCCCCACGUCCAUCACCAUCAAAGAUUACGACUCCAACAUGGACGACAGCAGAGACAACAAGAAGAACCGUUUCUCCAACACAAUGGCAUUCAUGGAGGAAUAUCUCAACAACGUCCUGAACGACGAGCUGCCGUUCCACAAUGAGGAGAAAAACAAGCUCACCUAUGAGGUGGUGAGUUUGGCCAGACAUUUGAUUUACUUUGGUUUCUACAGUUUCUUUGAGUUGCUCCGACUCACCAGGACCCUGCUAGGAAUCAUUGACUGCAGACCCAACCCUGGAUACGCCGGGAUGUUAUUCCAUGAUGAUGGAUCAGGGAAGAACGUGAAGCGCUCCAUCCACGGGAUGGGUCAGAUGAUGUCCACCAUGGUCCUCAACAGGAAGCAGUCCAUAUUUGGAGGUGGAGGAGCCCGAGGGGCGGCGGCGGGACUCGUGCUUGACCCGCAGAGAGGCAGUAAAGACAGUAUUGAUAAGAUGGACCUGACGGUGAUGGAUACCAAGCUGAAGAUCCUGGAGAUAUUACAGUUCAUCCUGAACGUCCGUUUGGAUUACCGCCUCUCCUUUCUGCUGUCCGUCUUUAAGAAGGAGUUUGUGGAUGUGUAUCCCAUGGCCGACGCUGACGCCACCACCAACAUGGAGCACGCAGCCACCAUCAACCUGCAGCACAUCGGGGAGCAGGCGGAGGCCAUGUUUGGAGUCGGUAAGGGGAACAGUAUCCUGGAGGUGGACGAUGAAGGCGGUCGGAUGUUCCUGCGAGUGCUGAUCCACCUCACGAUGCACGACUACCCUCCUCUGGUGUCUGGAGCUCUGCAGCUGCUCUUCAGACACUUCAGCCAGAGACAGGAAGUGCUGCACACCUUCAAACAGGUCCAGCUGCUGAUCUCAGCUCAGGAUGUGGAGAACUACAAGCUGAUCAAGGCAGAUCUGGAUCGACUGCGAACGCUGGUGGAGAAAUCUGAGCUGUGGGUGGAGAAGAAGGGCUCAGGAGGAGGUGAUGGGAAGAAAGAAAAGAAAGACAAGAAGGAGAAAGGAGAGGGGGCAUCAGAGGACGCCACGCCCAAGAAGGACAAGCUGGAGAAAGGAAAUGAGAACUACCAGAAGGUCAAAGAGAUCCUGGAGAGGUUGAAUAAAAUGUGCAGCAGUGGAGUUUGGAAGAAGCAACAAAGGCUGUUGAAGAACAUGGGAGCUCAUAAAGUGAUGCUGGACCUUCUGCAGGUGUCCUACGACCAGAAUGAUGUGAAGAUGCAGGAGAUUAUCAGGUACACUCACCUGUUCCUACAGAAGUUCUGUAUGGGAAACCAGGAGAACCAGGCGCUGCUGCACAAGAACCUCAACCUCUUCCUCAACCCUGGGCUGCUGGAGGCGGAGACGGUGCAGCACAUCUUCAACAACAACUACCAGCUGUGCAGUGAGAUCUCAGAGAGUGUCCUGCAGCACUUCAUCCACUGCCUGGCCACGCACGGCCGCCACGUCCAGUACCUCAACUUCCUGCACACCAUCAUCAAGGCCGAGGGCAAGUACGUCAAGAAGUGUCAGGACAUGAUCAUGACCGAGUUAACCAACGCAGGGGAGGACGUGGUCGUCUUCUACAACGACAAGGCUUCGUUCAACGUCAUGUUGGAGUUGAUGGCAGAGAGCAGGGAGGGGGUCAGCGAGAACAGCCCACUCAGGUACCACAUCUCUCUGGUGGAGCUGUUGGCGGCGUGCGCUGAGGGGAAGAACGUCUACACUGAGAUCAAAUGUACAUCUCUGCUGCCUCUGGAGGACGUCGUCCGAGUAGUGACACACGAGGACUGCAUCACUGAGGUGAAGGUGGCCUAUGUGAACUUUGUGAAUCACUGUUACGUGGACACAGAGGUGGAGAUGAAGGAGAUCUACACGUCCAAUCACAUCUGGAAGCUGUUUGAGGACUUCACCGUGGACAUGGCCAGAGUCUGUAACAAACGAGACAAACGUCUGUCCGACCCCAUUCUGGAGAAAUACAUCAUCAACGUGGUCUUUGACACCAUCAGCGCCUUCUUCAGCUCGCCAUUCUCUGAGAACAGCACAUCUCUGCAGACUCAUCACACCAUCGUCACUCAGCUGCUGCAGUCAUCUGUCCGUCUGUUGGACUGUCCCUGGCUGCAGCAGCAGCACCGAGGACAGGUGGAGACAUGCAUCAAGACCCUCGCUAUGACAGCGAAGAGUCGCUCCAUCUCUCUUCCUCUGGACCUGGAGGCUCAGAUCAGCUCCAUGUUGUCCAGCUCUGCUCUCAACUCUCUGUCCCGCUCCAACCCAAACUACAAGUCCUCCCUGCGCUCCUCCAGACCCAUCACUCCCAGCAACCCCUGGGACUACAAGAACAUCAUCGAGAAGCUUCAGGACAUCAUCAACACUCUGGAGGAGCGUCUGAAGCCGCUGGUCAACGCUGAGCUGUCGGUGCUGGUGGACGUCCUGCACCAGCCGGAGCUGCUGUUUCUGGAGGGAACUGACGCCCGACAGCGCUGCGAGUCCGGAGGCUUCAUCUCUAAGCUGAUCCAGCACACCAAGGCGCUGAUGUGUGCAGAGGAGAAGUUGUGUAUUAAAGUCCUGAGGACUCUGCAGGAGAUGCUGAUCAGGACACUGGACUUUGAUGAGAAGGGAAUCUCUCUGAGGAAAGUUUUACUGCAGAAUUAUCUGUUUCCAAACAAGAAGAACAACCCAAAGUCUGACCUGGCCGAGCUCGGAGCUUCAGGGGUAGAGCAGGACCGGGACUGGGCGGCGGUGGCGGCUGUUCAGUGUCGUCUGGACAGAGAAGGAGGAACGAAGCUGUUCACUGAUCUGGUGAUGAGCACCAAGAACGACAAGAUCUUCCAGGAGAGCAUCCAGCUUGCCAUCUGUCUACUGGAGGGAGGGAACACUGAGAUCCAGAACUCGUUCUACAAACUGAUGAUGGGCGACAACAAGUCAGAGAAGUUCUUUAAGGUUCUUCAUGACCGGAUGAAAGAAGCUCAGACGGAUAUCAAAGCUACAGUUUCUGUUAAUGUCGGAGAGAUGACGCACAAGGCCAACGAGAAGGAGCUGGAGAACGGUGGCUCUGCAACAUUAGUACUUCCUGGUACAGGCGGUCACCCAUUGUUGGUCCAGGGUCAGUCCAUCGCCCCGGUAACAGGCGCCUCUGCCCUGCCAGUUCAGCCAGUAGCAGAGCAGCGGGAGGUGGAGACGGAGAUGGGACCAGCCGUGAUAAUCAUGAAGCCGAUCCUGAGGUUCCUCCAGCUGCUCUGUGAGAACCACAACCAGGACCUGCAGAACUUCUUGCGUUGUCAGAACAAUAAGACCAACUACAACCUGGUGUGUGAGACUCUUCAGUUCCUGGACAUCAUGUGUGGAAGCACCACCGGAGGCCUGGGUCUGCUGGGCCUCUACAUCAAUGAAUCCAACGUCCACCUGAUCACUCAGACCCUGGAGACACUCACCGAGUACUGCCAGGGACCCUGCCAGGAGAACCAGACAUGUAUUGUGACCCACGAGUCCAACGGCAUCGACAUCAUCACAGCUCUGAUCCUAAAUGAUAUCAGUCCUCUGUGCCGCUAUCAGAUGGAGAUGGUUCUCCAACUGAAGGACAACGCCUCCAAGCUGCUGCUGGCUCUGAUGGAGAGUCGCCAUGACAGCGAGAACGCAGAGAGGAUCCUGUUCAACCUCCGACCCCGAGAGCUGGUAGAGGUGAUAAAGAAGGCCUACCAUCAGGAGAGUGAGUGUGAGGGGGUGGAGGUCUCCCCCCGGGAGGUGGGACACAACAUCUACAUCCUGGCUCAGCAGUUGGCCAGACACAACAAGGUCCUUCAGAACCUCCUGAAACCUCCGAAAAAAAAUAUAGAGGGCGACGAGGGGAUCUCCUCCAUGUUGAACCUGAACAACCGUCCUCUGUCCCAGAUGUUGAAGUCCACAGCUCCAGCUGCUGUGGUGGAACAGGACCCACUGGAGUUCUACGACCAGCUCACCUCACAGAUAGAGAUCGUCCGUGAUGACCGCAGCAUGGAGCAGAUUGUGUUUCCUGUCCAUCCCAUCUGUGAGUUCCUGACGGAGGAGUCAAAGACCCGAGUGUUCAACACCACGGAGCAGGACGAGCAGGGGUCAAAGGUCACACACUUCUUCGCACAAACAUCCUUCCUGCACGGAGAGAUGGAGUGGCAGAAGAAGCUCAGGAGUAUGCCUGUGUUGUACUGGUUCUCCAGGAGGAUGUCUCUAUGGGGAACCAUUUCCUUCAACCUCGCUGUCUUCAUCAACCUCAUCAUCGCCUUCUUCUACCCCUACGACUCAGGACAAGGUACUACUGAGAGCACUCUGUUUGAGGGUCACCUUGUGUUAAUCAGACUGUGUGUAGGCUGUGUGUCCUCUGUAAGACGUCCUCAGGUUUCUUCUUCUAUUGUCUGUCAGUCACAUGACUGUGUUUCCUGUUUCCAGCUGAUCAAUAAGGUGGUGUUCGUGGUCAGCUUCGUCGGAAACAACGGGACCUUUAUUAUGGGAUACAAGGCCAUGGUGAUGGACGUGGAGUUCCUGUACCACCUGGCGUACGUUCUGACGUCCACACUGGGACUGUUUGUCCACGAGCUCUUCUACAGCAUCCUGCUGUUUGACCUGAUCUACCGGGAGGAGACUCUGUUUAACGUGAUUAAGAGCGUCACCCGUAACGGUCGCUCCAUCCUGCUGACGGCGCUGCUCGCCCUCAUCCUCGUCUACCUCUUCUCCAUCGUCGGCUUCUUGUGUCUCAAGGAGGACUUCAUCAUGGAGGUCGACCCACUGGUGCAGAUCGCAGCAGCUCCUCAGCAGACUGAAGCGUCUCAGGAUUUCCUCAAGUCAUGUUCAGCAGACAGCGUCAGCUGCACCGAUGAGACGGACGCCCUCAGUGUCCCAGAUGACGAAGAGGAGGCGAGCUCGGAGCGAGCAUGUGACACUCUGCUGAUGUGUAUCGUCACCGUGUUGAACCAUGGACUGAGGAACGGAGGAGGAGUCGGAGACGUUCUCCGCAAACCAUCCAAGAACGAGCCGCUGUUUCCUGCCCGGGUGGUCUACGACCUGCUCUUCUACUUCAUCGUCAUCAUCAUCGUCCUCAACCUGAUCUUUGGCGUCAUCAUCGACACAUUCGCCGACCUGAGGAGCGAGAAACAGAAGAAAGAGGAGAUCCUGAAGACCACGUGUUUCAUCUGUGGUUUGGAGAGAGACAAGUUUGACAACAAGACGGUGUCGUUUGAAGAACACAUCAAACUGGAACACAACAUCUGGAACUACCUGUACUUCAUCGUCCUGGUGCGAGAGAAGAACAAGACGGACUACACGGGACCAGAGAGCUACGUGGCUCACAUGAUCAAAAACAACAACCUGGAUUGGUUUCCACGGAUGCAGGCCAUGUCUCUGGUGGUGACGGACGGCGACGGCGAGCAGAACGAGAUGAGGAUGUUACAGGACAAACUGGCCGCAACGAUGAAAGUGGUGAUGACGCUGACCACUCAGCUGACAGAGCUCAAAGAGCAGAUGACGGAGCAGAGGAAGAGGAGGCAGAGGAUGGGAUUUGUUGACGUCCAGGCAGGGGCAAGCGCUGCGCUGCCUCCAAGUGCCGCGGGAGGAAACCACCAGAUCUACAAAACAUAGACUGCAAAUGAUCAGACGGACUGUUGACUACAGGAUCCACAUGUUCAAAGCAUCCAGCUGGACUGAUGGACUGAUUCACAGGAGACAAGAAAAACACUAGAAUGAAGCUAUGAAACAAACUACUGAUACAUAUUUCAUCAGAAGUACAUUUCUUUGUUUGCUUUGACUUUUUAAUGUCUGGCUGAUUCAGAGUUAGAUCUGUAGUCUACGUCUGUCUCAGGAUCAGCACGUCUGUCUCAGGAACAGCACACCUGUUGACCUAAAUACUCAAUCUAACUAACUUAUAUUGGUUUGUGGUUAAGAACAAACACUGCAACAGAUUUUCUGCACAAAGAAAAACUCAUACGGCUAAAAAAAACUUGAGGAGAAUCACAGACUUCCUGGUUGAACGACUACAAGUUGCUCUGUGUCAUAGAAACUGCUGGAAUGUGCUUGUGUGUGUGUGUGUGUGUGUGUGUGUGUGUGUGUGUGUGUGUGCGCUUAAAGAAUAACCAUCAACUCACUUUAGUUAUUUUACAGAGACUGACGUGCAGCAUGUAUCUGCUGAUGGCAGAAUUAACUUUUUCAGUAAUAUCUGUGUGAAUGUAAAGUGAGUUGAACCCAGUUGUGUGUUUUUUAUUUUAAAUCUGGGGAGACUAGUUUUUAAGUGAUAUAAAUAUUAUUAAGGUUUAAUAGUGAUAUAUAUUUAUGAAGAGAGCAGCUCUUGUUUGUUUGACACUGUAACUAGCUCAUUACAGACACUGGAUUUCAACUGAGCUGCUUUUAGAUUAACUGCAAGAAAAGUAUGUACUGUUUUUUUUUUUGAAUGAGAACAGACGGGUACACGGAGGAGGGACGAAUAGCAGGAGCAGGAGAGUGUCAUGUAGAUCACAUCUUCAAAAUAAAUAAAAUAUUUUAAUGAGAAA